GACUCAAGUACAGGAAAUAAAAAGAGUCGAGAGCAACAUGAAAGCCAUAUUAGAAUGUGCAGAUAGUGUGCAAAGGAGGAAAGGCGACUCUGAAAUAAAGUGACUUUAAUACAGAACAGAAGGUGGCAGUAAUGCAACAAUUUGGAUGGCAGCUGCCGUAAAACCUCAAAGAAGAAGAAGAAGUGUUUAUGUUCAGCGUGUGUUUGGCUGUAGAUGGUCUGAUUUUUGUGAGUAGCAGCGCGCGUUUAUGCCCUCUGUGCGGCAGCUGUGAGGAGGAUCAUGAGUCCCGCGCAGGACAGCAGCAGCAGCAGCGGUAAAGGAGGCGCGCAGCAGCCGGCCAGCAGCUCCGCGGACUCGGGCUACAGGAGUCCCGGGCUCCGGGGCGUCACAACCACCUCACUGUUCCGCGCGGUCAACCCGGAGCUCUUCAUCAAACCGAAUAAAGCGGUCAUGGCCAUGGGUCUGCUGAGCCUCACGCUGUGUGUGGGGUACCUGGGAUAUCUGCACGCCAUCAGAGAGAGCGACCAGCAGCUGUACGAGGCCGUGGACAGUGACGGAGAGAGGUACAUGAGGAAGAGGACCUCCAGAUGGGACUGAGAUCAUCAUCAUCAUCAUCACUGCACCUCACAUAAAUCACCCAGGAAUAAUUCAUAGACAUGAACUGAACAUGUCAGUGUAGUGGAAGUCUUGCUCUGUGUGUGUGUGUGUGUGUGUGUGUGUGUGUGUGUAAUGGUUUUAAACAUAUGCGAUAUCAUUUAAUUAGACUCAUAUUCCGCUUUAUAUUGCACAGUAUAGUAAUCUAUCCAUAAUUACCAGACCAACACACAGUUACUGCAUUUAGAUUCUUGUUUGGGCAGGGCUGAAGCAUAUAGCUGAGUUAAUAUGCCACAAUAUGGGUUAUUUUGGGAAAAUUACAUUCAGCUAAUAAAUUAGUCAUAUUAGUUGUAAUCUUUCCUUAGUGAAACCAUCUUAAAACAUGAUUUUCAAAUAUGCACAUAUGUUAAAGCAGGGAGUAAAAUAAUAUUUAUGUAUGACAAAGUUAAAUUUGACAAAUAAUUAUUUUAAGAUCCAUUGUUAUCAGCUGCUGAUUGUGUUGAACACUGAAGAUUGUUCAAUAAAAUAUUUUGUGAGACAAUUUA